GGUGAGCCUUGCUUGAGUGAGAGCUUCGGUUUCAGCCAUUCGUCGUUACGAAUUGGGUAAAUUUCAUCGUAACAGCUUUUGACAUCGACAUUGAAAAGACAUUCGAUUACGUCUGACACUAUGAAGAUACCGUAUAAUUGCGUGCACGCGCGAGGCGAUGUACUUUUCGCUGCUCGAGGCGGCAGCAUCCAUACUCUCAGCCUCCUCGACGGAAGCUACAUCUCAACAUGGCAACACCCAGACGUGGCAAAAGUCGCGGAUGCAAUGAAGGAGAUUUCCGAUGCUCAGAAAGUGAGUGAGGCAGAGGGCUCGGGGGAACACGAGGCCCAGGGCACCGAUGAGAGCGCUUCUGUGAAUGCUAGCGAUGCUCCGAAGGAACGCAAGAAGAAGAAACGCCAGCCUGGGAAAGGGGAAACAGCCGGGAGAAAACAUCAAGUGGCGCGAGUGCCCGAUCGACCCGUCAUCACGCUUCUCACCAGCACCACCGACGGUCAACACAUAUUGGCCGUGUCCGGACACGACAAGGUCAUAUGGGUAUUCAAGCACGAUGGGCAAGGAGGACUGUCAUUGCUCAAUCAAAGGACAAUGCCCAAGCGGCCGUGCGCGAUUGCCAUUGCGGCCGACGAGCAAAUCAUCUGCGCCGACAAGUUUGGCGAUGUCUAUGCUCUUCCACUUAUCAUGACUGAACGGUCAUCAUCCGUGACGGGUGCAAGCGCGGCGUCUACUCCGGCACCGGCACAGAAGCCGAGCGGACUCGCGGCCAACACAUUCACGGUGCAUUCGCAGCGCAACCUGGAGGCUCUUGAGAACCAGAGGAAGCAGUUGGAGCUCCAACGGCAAAAGGCCAUCGAGAAGGCCGACGGAAAGGAAGAAGGUCCCGACUUUGAUUUGACGCUGCUGCUGGGGCACGUCUCCAUGCUCACGUCGCUAGUCCUGGCGGAAAGCGAUGGCAGGAGAUACAUCAUAACGAGCGACCGAGACGAGCAUAUCAGAGUGUCUCGCUACAUGCCUCAGGCUCAUGUUAUCGAGGGCUUCUGCCUAGGUCACAAGGAGUUCGUCAGCGAAGUCGCAAUCCCUGCCGCGCGAGGCGACAUCCUGAUUUCAGGAGGUGGCGACGAAGAGCUCUUCGCGUGGGAUUGGAAGGAAGGGAAACUCUUGUCCAAGACCAGCGUGCUUUCAAUCGCUCAGGAGAUUGCCCCUGACACAUCAAAGGUGGCUGUGACGGGCAUUUGCUCUCUGAACUACCCGUCUGAGGCAGGCGACCUGACCUACAUCUUGGCCAUUUGCGAGCAGAUCAAAGCAAUUUUCUCCUGGCAACUUACUCCAGACAACAUCCUCAACCGCCCAGGAGUCAUCCAGCUGCCUGCAAAUCCCUUGCAGCUAGCCGUAGCUGCUCCCGAUGCCGACGGCAACGCGUUACCAAAGAUCAUCGUUGCUGCGGACCCAGGGCACACAUCUGGGGUCAAAAGCCUGCAAAUGUUCGCACUCACCAUGAGCGAGGAUCGGCUGGCCGUGGCCAAGGAGCUGCCUCUCCAUGACGAACAACCGGAGAGCGGUGUUGUAGAGGCGUCAGAGAAGGAGAUCCAUAAUCUUUUGUAUACGAUUGAGAAUCUGAGGAAGCAAUCUGGCGGAACGGGCGGUGAGGCUGGCGAAGACGAACCUGAAGCAGAGGUCGACGCGGGUGUGCCUGCGACAGACAGUUAGAUACACGCGCAAGCGACCCCCAGCCCCGGGAGUAAUUGGGCGUCCUAUGUGCUAUGAUGUAGAUUCAUGCAUGCCGUACUCAUCACAGGGCGUCAGAUUAUCAUCGCCAAGUAAAUCAUCAUGUUCAUACGUCUAGGACUGCGACACAACAAACUCAUCGAAUCCUC